CGAGUCAGACGGCAACCCUAGCACAGAGGAUGAAUCCAGUAAAGGGCAGGAGGAUUUAUCUCCCCAUCCGCUCUCCAGCUCAUCCGACGGCGUUACCAGCCUCAGCCUUCCCGGCCACAUGGAACCCGUCUACAUGCAGCAGCUCGGAAACACUAAAAUAGCCUUGAGCUCAUCUGGUGUCUUGUUGAAUGGAAACCUUGUGCCUGCCAGUACCUCUCCCGUCUUUCUCAAUGGUAGCUCUUUUCUUCAGGGACCCAACGGUGUCAUUCUCAAUGGACUCAGCGUGGGGGCUUCGCAGACAGUUACCUUGAAUUCACCCAAAACCACAUCGAGUGUUGUAAGCAACGGGGUGUCCAUUACUGACAUACUGUCGUCUUCGUCAGAAGAUGUUAAGGACUUCAAACUCCUUCAGGCUUCAGUCCCCAAUGCCGCGGCAGCCACCUUUAGCCCCAGCAACAUCCCGGUCUCAUUCCCGGGAUUGAUACCGAGCUCAGAGGUGAAAAGGGAAAGCGUACAAACUGCAGCUUCCCAAGAUGGAGGCUCCGUAGUUACUUUUACUGCUCCUGUCCAAAUAAACCAGUAUGGCAUUGUCCAGAUCCCCAAUUCAGGAACAAAUGGCCAGCUGCUGAACGGAAGCAUCGGUUUUUCUUCUCUGCAGCUGCCUCCUGUUUCUGUGGCAGCUUCACAAGGUAAUGUUUCAGUAAAUCCCAGCACAUCUGAUGGAGGAACUUUUACGACUGAGUCUUCAACAGUGCAGCAAGGAAAGGUUUUCUUCAGCCCCCUCGCUCCGAGUGCAGUUGUUUAUACGGUUCCCAAUUCAGGCCAGGCAGUAGGCUCUGUCAAGCAAGAAGGACUGGAAAGAAGCCUUGUGUUUUCUCAGUUGAUGCCAGUCGGUCAGAACACGCAACUAAAUGUAAACAUGUCUUCUGAAAAUGCAUCCAGCGGAGGACUCCAGUCCCUGGCCUCUUCAUUAGUGAAUGUAACACCCUCACAUAAUUUUUCUCUCACACCACCAACUCUUUUAAAUGCUGCAGAACUGAACUCUGGUAUCUCGGAGAGCCAGUCCAUGUCAUCGCCCGUGACCAGUACCUCUACCGUGAUAUCUAUCAGCAACACUAACUAUGCAACCCUUCAGAAUUGUUCCCUCAUUACCAGUCAAGAUCUCUUGUCCAUUUCUACAGCACAGCCUGCACUUGGAGAAAUAGUUUCUACAAGCGGAGACCGUGUCAGCCACUCCUCUGCACAAGUACAUCAAGAUUUUGUCAGAGAGCACAGGUUAGUUCUGCAAGCUGUACCUGACGUCAAAGAGAAUUUCUUACCUAAUUCAGAGAGUAAGUCAACUGGCAAUUUAAUGAUGCUGGAUUCGAAAUCCAAGUAUGUUAUGAGUAACAUGGUUGACACAGUUUGUGAAGAACUGGAAACGGACAAAAAAGAACUUGCCAAACUGCAGACAGUUCAGAUGGAUGAAGAUAUGCAAGACUUGUAA